GAUUCGCCGACCUCGCGACCUUUGAUGUCAUGAUUCAACUUGUAUAGCUUCUUAUCAUCCAAGUCCAUAUUUCAUUUCAUGUAAGAGACUCGCACAGAAAAGUCACAAAUUAUAAAAUGAAGUCUUUACUUAUCUGUGCCUUUGUCCUUUACGCAGUGAGCGUGAUCGCCGAGCGUUGCCACCAUGGUGACGACUGUGUGGUGACCGUCUGUUCCGGUAACUCCUCCCACAUCGCCUGUCACAAUGACAGAUGUACCUGUGACGCCGUCAUUGCUUGUACAGAUAUCACUGACUGUAUGACUGUUGGACGUUGUCAUGACAGGGACCGCCAUUAUCAUUGCCUGGACAGAAUGUGUGUCUGUCUUAAGGACGAGGAUAUCCCUUAAAGGCUCUUAUCAGGUGGAGAUAAUAAUACGAUCUAAUAAAAUAUACUCCAUAAUCUUGGGUUUUAU